AUGGAGCAGAGACCUCCAAGAGUGCCCAAGCUGGCCUGGGUACAGGAAGAGGAACAAGGCCCUGGACCUGCUCCUGCACACGAGACUGAAGAAGUGGUACCAUCCAAACAGCUGCAGGAGGGUGCAGCCGUGCAGCGCACACGAGAGCAGGAACGCAGCCGUGGCCGCUUCCGCAGAACAGCACAGCUCGUUUGCAAAUUCAUCAAGAGGAUUCGGGAGGAAGAGACUGCCAUGGGCACAGGACUCAGAGCAUAUGAACCCAUCUUCAAAACCAAGACCUCUGCUGCCCUGGCUGAUAUGCUGGUAGAGGAGGGGUUUUCCAAUCCAAAGCAAGUGCCGGCCAUGGUGAGGUACAUCCACCAGUGGCUCGAGGCCAACCAGUUUGCUGAGCACAGGCUGAACAGGACCCUGCUGGAUCUCACCGAAGAACGGCCCGCUGACGUAGUAAUGACGCUUCUGCGUGUGGCCCCAUUGUGUGACAGAGCUGCUCUGGCCAUGUGGAAGAGCAUCAUGUGCUCGCUGAGGACUGCAGAGCCGGCCAUGCUCGUACUCCUGGAUGUGCUGGGGAGCUGGCCAGAGCACAGCACGUGCACCUCCAAUGGGGACAAAACGGCUGUCCUUACCCUGGCUGCAACCGUGGUGAUGUGGAAGCUCCUCCAGCUGCCCUGUGUCCCACAUAUGGUGACCGUCUAUCUCCCCCACCUAUUUGUGCAUCUGCUCUUCCAAGUGUUCUUCAGCACUCUGGAUAUGCCAGAGGAGGUCGAUACCUUCUGGAAGGGAUGCCAGCAGCAAUAUGGCCUUGCCACCAGCCCCAACAGGUUUGCAGUGCAGACCCUGAAGUCCCUGCUCUGCGAAAUGCAGCAUGAAGAUGCGGUGGUGGCAAUGGAACACAAGUGUGGCUGGGACAAGUUGAUGUGUGCUGACACCAACCACCAUGCCAUGGGUCUGCUGGCCAAGGAGAUGUCCUGUGUCUCCAUCCCCUUGUGCUCCCGGAUCACUCGCUACCUGCUUCGGCUGCUCAGCGCACAGGAGCCACGCUGGGAGCUGCCCACCCUGGCGUUCUUUGUGGAGAUCCUCAAGUGCCUGGACAUGAGUGAACGCGGUGCUGACAGAGUCCUGCAAGUCUUGUCAAGGCACCUGCGGAGCGGGUGCAGGGAGAAGUGUCACCUGGUGCUCAGGGCCCUUCUCGAUCUCAUCAAUGAUCCCUUGAUGAGCAAAAAAAUGUGGAGCCUGACUGAAAGUCUUGUGGAGCUCCUGUGGGACGCAGAUGGAGAGAUAGUUAGCAUGACAGCCACGCUCCUCAACUUUAUCAUCUUGGACAAGGACAUGCUGAUACCCAGCCCCAUCGCACUGCAGCUGGUUGAGGCGCUCCUGCCACUCCUUGACCACGUAAGGCUCCCUGACCCCAGCCAUGGCUACUGGCUGCUGCCCGGACACUUUGUGCCCUGUGGAUUUGCAAGCACCAAGCUGAGCCCCGUGCAGCCAAUGCUGAGGUCUUUUUUCCUUCCCUUCAUACAGGACAAUAGCCAGGUGAAGCUGCUCUCCAUAGUGCUCCUUGGAACACUGGUGAGUCUUCCACAGGAAAAGGAAAAAGAGGCCCUGAAGACACACGUGCACCAGAGCCUGCUGCCACUCUUCUUCCACUGCCAUGAUGAGAAUCAGUGAGUGGCAGAGGCUUCUCAGGAAAUGCUGCUUGGUGCAGCCGAGUUCCUGAAGAGGAGUGAACUUCAAAAACUGGUGAAGAGCAAGAAGUGGUGGAAGUUCACCUAGUGGCUGGUAAGGAGGGCCGGGAAGCUGCAGCCCCAGCCUGGAGCAGCCCCUGAGCGCGGCUCUGUGUUCCCAGGGACGGCCGGGCGGCACCUGAGGGGGAGGAAGGAAGAGCUCCAGCUCCUCUCUGAGGCCCUUGAAGGAAUGGCAAAUGACAUCAGUGUCGCCGUCGGAAGCCUGGCAGUUCAAACAUUGUACGUCCUCCAGGCAGUAGAGCGAACUCGAUAUUCCAUCUUCGAUAACCUGCAUGAUCGGCUCUGCAGGUCAUGGGGGAGACGGCCUCGUCUGUGGGGCCUCGGCUGGCUGCGCUGCUGGAGCUCUGCAGAGAGCUGAUCACAGAGGCUCUGUCUGCUGGGGCCACUCGAGCCAGCA